AUGACCGAUCAGAAGACCCAGCAGCCCAAGGCCUUUGUGGUCGAGCACCUGGAUCCCGAACUGGGGCCAUGGUCCGCCUUGGAAUACGCUGCCAUUGCCCGUGAAUCCCAUGCUAGCGGCGCUCGCUUCUUGCUCAGUUCGGUGCCCGCCGAGCUGCAGAUGCCCGCCGAUCUGGCUGCUACCAAGGGCUUGGAGGUCGAGCAGCGCAGUGUCGAGGACAUUUUUGCGGAUCGCAAGGACAAGGUCUGUCUGUUGGAUCCUGCCGCCACGACGGAGUUGAACCCGGAGGAUGGUGAUAUCUUUGAGGUCUUUUUGUUUGGUGGUAUUCUCGGUGAUGACCCGCCUCGGGAUCGCACUUCCGAACUCCGUAAGAAGGGCUACAUUGGUCGUCGCCUCGGGCCCAAGCAGAUGACGACCGAUACCGCCGUGCGAGUGACUCGCAUGGUGGUUCACGAACGAGUGCCCCUCGAGAAGAUCUCCUACGUGGAUUACCCGGAGAUUCUGAUCAACGAGCACGAACGGACCGAGAUGCCGUUCCGCUACGUGACAGAUGCCAAGGGAGAGCCUAUCAUGCCCGAUGGGAUGGUGGAUCUGAUUAAGAACGAUGCCGACAAGGGCGUCGGUGAUCUUUUCUGA